AUGAGUUUGUGCUUUCUUGAUGGGGGAGAACUUGAAAGUUUUGAUGAGGCCAUGGAUAGUGAAGAAAAAGAAAUGUGGUUUGAUGAUAUGCAAGAUGAGACUAAAUCCUUGCAUGAUAAUCAUACAUUUGAUGCAGUUGAAACUUCUAGAGACGAAGAAGCUUUGAAAAGCAACGGUGGGCUUUUAGGACAAUUUAUUUAUGAAUCAGCAAAUGUUGAGGAAAGAAAUAGUCAAAUUGGUAGCCAAACUGACAAUCAAUCCUCAGAAAGAGAUGAAGAACAUAGCCAAGAAGCAGUAUAUACAAAUGAAGAAAGUGAAGAAGAACUAGACGAUGGAGAAACUGAUGAGGGAAAUGAAGGAGAUGAAGUAGAUCAAGGAAUUGUAUCAAACAUAAUGGGAAUAGAAUUAGCAGCUGAGUAUGUCGAGCUUACGGAUGCAAAGUUGUUCUCUCCAGUUAGAGCUGCCCUUAAGUCUGUUUCCCAGGGUAACACGGACCACUAUAAAGAGAUUCUUGAUUUUGUUUGCUGUGAUGAACGCGAUCCUGAUAAGGUGGCCCUAAAAGUGACAGCUUUAAAAGCUUUGUCAGGAUCAGUUUUUUCUCUAGACAUUAUUCACCAUCGAUCUCUUGUUUCAUAUAUUUUAGGAAGGAGCAUGUGGAACUAUGGGACUGAUGUAAUGGAUGCUUUGAUGGAAUUCGUUAUAUCCUUGGCAACAUCCCGUGGGAAGUAUCUCGAUUUGUGCUUGGAAAUGCUUGUGAUGAAUUUUAUGCCUCCUCCUUCCUUCGUACCAUUGCUGAAUAAGCCAGAGCGAAAGGACCAAGUCGCUCAUCGUGUCCAUUCAACAUUAAUAGGCAUUGCGAAGUUAAUUCCUCUCUCCCCCUUGAGACUUGUGGAAAUAGUAAAGCAGAGGAUGCCAUUCAUUCUGACAGAAGAGUCAGUACAUGCAGAGCAUCGCCAGAAGCAGUACCUGCAGCUGAUGGUGAUAUAUGUGGAUAACAUGUUAAAACUGGCGAGUGGAGAAAUUGGUGAUAUUGUCGGAAGAAGUAUGCUUCUGGCAAUUAUGGAUAGGCUGAUAGAAUUGGAUGUAAACAUACCAUGGGAUGCUAUCUUACACGAAGAAUUCACCAAAGAUGAUGAUGAGCUCCAGAUUUCUUCGAUGGAACGAUUUCCUGGUGAAAAUUUCAUUGCUCAACAAUUGGACAGCUUGAUGGUGCUUACCUUUGAUCACCUUAACUUUUGCAAGGAGAGUGGACGGCUGUGUCAGGUUUUUGAUACUCUUCUCCAGUCAUUUCAGCAAACUGUUUUACCGACAUACAGGUCCAAAUUUGCUCAGUUCGUGAUGUUUUAUGCAUGUUCACUGGAUCCAGAGAAUUGUGGGGGGAGAUUUGCUGAUACACUUUUUGAUAUAUUUAAGAUCAGCAUCUGUCCAGAACAGAGAAUGAGUGCUGUUUCCUAUCUUGCUAGUUUUUUGGCUCGUGCAAAGUUUUUGCCUAUCUCAUUUGUUGCUGAAUACGUCAAAAGUUUGGUAAAAUGGUGUGCCACUUAUUGCUCCAACCAGAGUGGCGGCAUCGAUCCAAUAGCUCAUAAGGAAUUCUAUGCUGGGUGCCAGGCGAUUAUGUAUGUACUUUGCUUUCGCAUGAGAUCAAUGCUUGCCAUUCCUGACUUCAUAUCACGGAUAUCAAAGCAUAUAGAGGAUAUCCUGAGGCAUCCAUUGAGCCCAUUAAUGGUAUGCUUGCCCUUAAUAGUGGAAGAAUUUCUUCGGUUGGCAAAUGUGUCUGAUAACUUUGUAUCAAGUGAUCUGCUAGAGUCAGAGCUUUCAAUGGCUUUUGGUGGUGAAGAGAGGCUUGACAUGUUUUUCCCAUUUGAUCCUUGUCUGCUAAUGAGAUCUGGCAGAUACAUCCGGCCACAUUUUGUGUACUGGUCAAUGGUUCGGAGCUCUCAUGAUGCUGCUGCUGAUGUUGAUGAGGGUAAAGACGAUAUUGAAAUCCCUACUGCAGGGAAGGGAAUGGAUAUAGCUAAUAAUGGAGCUGCUCGAAGUGAUUAUCAGGAUCGUGAUGAAGAAAUGAGCGAGAUGUUGAUAACACCUGAAGUUACUCCGUGCUUUGGAGGGGAAUUACGAUGCGACAUGCAGAUGAUGCCUUCAAGAAUCCCACCUACUCCAGAGUCCUUGUAGAGAUUAAUUUAUUAUGCCGUUUGCUUGUUGUGAAAGAGGAAAUGUUAACCAUUGCAUGAGGAGAUAGUUUAGAGCUUCUAAUGAAAAGUUUGUGAUAUUCGUUGUGCAUGAUGUUAGAGGUCCAAUAUUUGUAUUUAUAGCAAAAGCUAUUUUUUUAGAAAAUAAUUAACAAUAGCUGGUUUGAUGAUCUAAAUUAAUGGUGGAAAUAGGUAAGUUUCUACUGUAUUUUCUUGUUGGUGUGGCGCUUCAGGAGAUGAGUGCAACAUAAGUGUAUAAG